UCGUCCCAGCAGACAACAGCACCGACCCGCUCCGCCAUGGCCUUCAAGCUGUUCGUCCUCGCCGCCGUGUUGGCCGUGGCCAACGCCGGCUACCUCGGCGCCCCCGCCGUGGCUACUUACGGCGCGUACGCCGCCCCCGCCGUGGCUGCCUACGGCGCGUACGCCGCCCCCGCCGUGUCGUACGGCGUGCCCGCCGUGGGCGCCUCCCACCAGAGCACCGUGCGCACCCUCGACGGAAACUCCGCCAUCUCGCACUACUCCAAGGCCGUGGACUCGCCCUUCUCCAGCGUGCGCAAGGUCGACACGCGCGUCAGCAACGACGCCCAGGCCCUUGCCUACGCCCCCGCCGUCGCCGCCUACGCCGCCCCCGCCGUCGCCGCCUACCACGGUGCCUACGCCGCCCCCGCCGUCGCCGCCUACCACGGCGCCUACGCCGCCCCUGCCGUCGCCGCCUACCACGGCGUGGGCUACUCCGCCGCCCCCGUCGUGUCGCACGCGACCUUCAGCGGCUACGGUGUCCACUACGGCUACUAGAGCACG